AUGGUUUUAUUGGCGAUAUAUUUUGUAUCUGGUCAAGUCAGUCCAUCAUUUUCGACUCAACUGAGUUUCGAAAGAUUAAAGUUCAAAAUUUCUGUAAACGAUUCGAGUCAAUCAAGUGCACAGAGCAUCAGUCAUCUUUGGUCAUUACGUCUUGCCGAUGAUGCUCAUUUCCGUCUGGCAAAGGCAAUACCAUGUCGAACUAUCGAAUAUACUGGUGGGCCGAAGAAAGAUCCUGUGAAUUCAUGCGCUGACCAGUCCACAAAUGAAUUUUCAGUUGAAAACACUAUAAAAGCACAACAAUGGUUGUUUAAUCAUCAACAUCCCAGCGAUUGUUCAAACAAACGAUUUGCUAUCAUCCGCAAGUAUGCCUGGUCAGGUUUUGGUUCAACUGUUCACCAAGUUGUUUGGGCAUUUGGUGUCGCCUUAGCAGAGGAUCGAAUUGCUGUUUAUGAAACACCGGGACAUUGGCUCUAUGGAGAUUGUGUUUCGAGUAAUCCCGACUGUCUUUUUCUUCCCAUAACAAAUUGUUCGGUACCGCGUAAUGUCGAUGGCAACCAAACGUCAUAUAUAAAUGCCGAUUUUGGCCACUGGUCAAAACCAGUUCAUCCGAGUGCCUUUCAAAAUCGAACAUUUAAUUGGUACCGUGCACAGCUAUUGUUUUAUCUCAUGCGUUUCAAACCUGAAACUUUAGCACAUGUACAGAAGAUGGCAGCGCAAUAUUUACAAGUGUCAUCGAUUGAUGUUUUGCGACCGUUCAUCGCAAUUUAUGUUCGUCGUUCAGAUAAAAUCACAGGAAGAGAAAUGAAACAAGCGUAUCCUUUGAAACAAUACUUCGGCUUAUUCGAAGCCGAUUUACAACGGACAAACAUUACGAAUAUCUACUUGAAUUCGGAAGACAAUCAAGUAUUUGACGAAUUCAUCGAAAUAAACAAACAAAAACAAGGCCGCUACAAACUACUAAGCAUCAAAGCUCAGAAGAAUGUCGUUUUUGCCUCGCUCACACGAAUGUCACAGCACGAUCGUGGGAAGAUUGUUUUAGAGUUUCUCACUGAUCUAUUCAUCGAAGCGAAUGCUGAUCUGCAUGCAGGGACAUUAACAUCCAAUUGGUGCCGGCUCGUUGAUGAAAUGAGACUCACUCUCGGUAAAAUUCUGCCCUACUACACGCCGGAAGACAGAUAUCUCCUUGAUAUGUAA